CUCCUUUCAGCAGCAGAGAAGGACAAUCGUGAAGCCAGUCCUAUUCAAAGAUACAAACAUUUAGAGCUACAAACUCUGGGAGGUGCUUCUGAAGGAAUGGAUGACUACACAUGGUCCUCUUUGCCAUGCCACCAUCCUUGCUGUGUGAUGUCAGUGGCAGCCAAACCUGUGCAUGGAUGCUUCGUAGGUCAUCCCACUUCCACCUGCAGUCGUUCCUUCUUAGCACAUCCUGCCUGUCUUGUUAGACCGCACAUCUCAACAAGAUGUUUAUGUCUCAGCUGCCGCCCCCAUUUCCCUGAAACAACAUGUGAGACAAUGAAGAAUUUGAAGGCGUCGUUAGAUACUACUGAUAUUCCUGUGCUGGCAAGAAGAGAAUCUGAUGGUUAUUAUUACCAAGGCACAAUAAUAAAGGGCAUAGAGGGUGAGAAAAGAAAAUUCCUGUUACAAUUUGCCAGGCCAUUUGCAGCGGGCAAAGACGUAAGUGUGCAAGAGACAGCCAGCAGCGACAUCCUUGAGUGUGUGACUGGAAUGAGACACUCCAUCAUGCCAGGUGACAAAGUGCUGGCACCUUGGGAACCAGAACAGAAGCGAUACGGGCCUGGCACUGUCCUCCAAGGCAUUGAGACCAGGGAUCCUCUGAGAGAGAAAGAAGAUGAAGAAAUUACAGUCAGCUUUUGGAAUGGCAAGAAGGCCAAAGUCCCAUUAGGUGUUGCUUUGUGGAUUCCACUACACCAGUGGGAGAGGAUUGUGAAGAUGAUCCACAUGCCCCAUACCGGCAGGAAACUGUUUCAAGGGCAAAUCCACAGGGCUAACUGUUAUAUUUGUUCCCAUUCUAUACUACCCUGUACAUAUACAUGCACUUCAGGUGAUCUCCAAAGGCCUCAGUGGCCCUAUUGCUCUUUUAUUUGUCCUUACUAUAGGUGCUUUCACCAUACAAGGUCAUCACUUGAGUAUACACAGUGUGCUUCCUGCUGCUCCCCCAAAUACAGUGGUUACUGGUGGCAGCCCCCUUUGACUGAAGUAGCCAAAGAAGAAUUCAGUAGACCACCUACCACACAGUUAUUGGCAGUGGAAGGUUCUCCUAAAGCAGAGUCUCCUGUUGCUCUAUCUGUCUCUUCUUCAAGUUCCUCAGAUUCCCAAACUGAUAGAAAAUCAUGUUUGAGCAAGAUCAGAAUGGUGGAUCAAGCAGUGAACACAGAUUCUACCCUGUUUGAUAAGCCCAAAGCACAGGAAGUCAAAAGACCAGACUGGAAAUAUUGGAAAAGAAGCCACCCCAGCUCCCCUUAUAAGAGCAAAGGUAUACAACAUUUCUCUUGAUUAAUCUUUCAUGGAAGCUAGAAUGUCAAGGACAUCUGAUGGUGUAUCACUGGCAACACUGAGAUGCCUUCUUUUGCCAAAAGCAUUACAGAAGAUAACAUUUGGGGAUUUAAACUGUGUCCUUUGCCAAUAUGCAGGGAGGAGGAGAGAAGAUUGAAGCAAAGAAAUAUUGUUUUAGAAUAUUACAGCAUAACUGCUGAAGGAGGAGCCAUAAUGACAAAUCAAUUUCCAAUCCAGUUUCAUAUUUGAGAGAGGAUUGUACUAUAAUUCCCAGCUUAUGUUGAUAAAACAUACCAGUUUUAUCAAUUAAAACAUGUGGUGUGCUAUUCAAUUCUAUUCUAAAUAAAAAGAAGCAGUGCAAAGUAUUCAUUAUGGGUAAAAGACAGCAUCCUACAUCUGUCACAUCUUAUUCCUACCACCAUUAUCUGGUCUAUUUAUGCUUGCUUGAGACGGGUUCGACAUAGCCCUCCACUUUAUGGUACUGCAUAUUAUCAGGUCACACAUGGCUUCCCCUGCACCAGAAAAAGCUGCUUCAAGUUCAGUUAUACAGUACAUUAGUUUCCCCUACUAUUACAGGUUCAAAAUUGGCUACUGCCAACAACAGAAAUAAAGGGGUCCUCAAUAUCCACUAAGGUUUAGUUCCAGGACCCCCCACAGAUAUCAAAAUUCAUUGAUGCUCAAGUCCCAUUAUAUACAAUGGCAUAGUAAAAUGAUGUUGCUUAUAUAAAAUGGCAAAAUCAAAGUUUGCUUUUUGGAAUUAAAAAAAAAUUGACAAUGGAAUUCAUGGAUGAAUACUGUCAAAAUAGACCAAGACCUAUACAGUUGGAUAUGGAGAGCCAACUGUAUGAAGUUUGGUCUAUUACCAUGAUAGUAUUACCCAAACAUGAGAGUGAACAAUUGGAAAAAAUGUUUAAAUUCCAUCUCACUAUUAGUAAAGGAAUUAUAAGUUCUCUGUAACAGGUGUAGGGGCAAAGGUAUAUACAUACCGUGGCUGGCAUCUCAUCAGUGACAAGCAUGAACAGUCAUGCUACAAAUGCAGCAUGAUUUAGUUGCCAUGCUGCAACCAACGGCAGAAAUGGUGGUGUUUGGACAGCAAGGUUGAGCCCUGCAGUUGCAGACCACCACCAUUAUAGAUGUGUUACACAGUGUUAUUAUUCUGCAUGGGGAUUGAGUAGUGCUGAUGUAAUGUAUCUGUAUGCACAUACAUAUGCUACACUAAGGGGAAGUUGGAUUGCAGUCAGUAUUUUAUUUCUGCUUCUUCACUGACUUAUGAUAAAAUAUCUCUAUUUCAGUUUCAAUUACAAAUUAUGAACAUGUAGAGAGACAGUGUGGCAUAGCAGUUUGAGUGUUCGACUAUGACUCUGGAGGCCAGGGUUCGAUUCCCAAUUCAGCCAUAAAUCUUACAGGGUGAC